CUCCGGGUGACUGAUGUUUCUCGCUCUGCGGUGGGGAAGUUUGGGGUUAAUUUCCGCUCGGUCGCGGUCGUUUUCCAUAAAACUGCCCCCAGCUCAGCGCUUCUCCGUCGACAGCCGCCGUCAUGUCCAACAACAACGCCAGCAACAACCUGAUCAUCGCUCAGAGGGCCGUGAAGCAGCUGCGGCUGGAGGCCAGUAUCCGGAGGAUCAAGGUGUCCCAGGCUGCUGCCGAUCUGAGGAACUUCUGCUUGCAAAAUGCCUCCAAGGACCCUCUUCUGAUGGGAGUGCCCUCCAGUGAUAAUCCCUUCAGACCCCCGAAGUCCUGCUCCCUGUUCUGAGAAGAAGCAAACAUGGAGGACGUCUGAACUUUCCCGCUGAAGGCUUUUCUUCACGUCUAAUUGAUGUCGCUGUCGAUCCACCAGCAGGGGAGGAAUCCCCAGGGGUUUUUGGGGUGGGGGGGUUGGGAGGGUCACCGUUCCACUUCUUUGCCAAAAAUAAUGUUAUCAUACAUCUCUCUGUCCCAUCUAUCGUGUUGAAAGCAGGGCCAAACUCUACAUGCUGGAGAAAAAAGAAAUGGAGAAGUUGUUCUCAACACUAACCUGACUAAUGAUUAAUCCGUUCCAGGUGUAUUCUUCACACUACAGGUCUGGUCUGCUCUACCGACGCCAGUGUUCCUUCUCAGUCAGUUCCAUUCACGUCAACAUUAGGUGGAAGAACAAUCACAUAAUAAUUGCAACUAGAUUCUGUUCAGGAAGAGGAACAUGUGAUUCUACUCAUACACUACAUGUUGUACUGUUUUUUAUGAAACACUACAAACGGAACGCAGAUUAAACUGUGUUUCACUGAACCGAUUGGUGUCUUAAACCGCUCGUGUGUUGGUAAUGAGGUACAGUAACAUGGUACAUCCUUUUUUUUCCAUUGAAAUGCAUGUUAUUCUGUAAUAACAUGUUCACCCUUCUCUGUACAUAUCUGAAACCUGUUCAGGUUGCCUUUAUUAACCUAUACAUGCUCCUAUCUUAAAUUAAAAACACUUUCAUGCACAUUUCUUAGAUGAGAAAAUAUUUGUCACUUUCAAUACACAGACGUUCAUGUAUCCCUUAGAAUUGCGGGGUUUAAAAAACAUUUUCCUCUCAAGUCGUGCUGAACUACCUUUCACUUUGUUAGUGUGUAUCUUUUUCAGCUUUACUGCUGAGGGCAACUUUAAAAAAAAAAUGUAAUAACUUUUUGAACAUUGAUGCUGGAUGUAAUUUUUUUAAAAUCAGUCCUCUGUGCGAAGAGCCGAAGAGAAAUGUUCUUGAGUAACAUUUUUCAUUGUUGCUGUCUUGUCAUCACUUUACGCCUUCAGUAGGAUGUUGCAACUUGAAAAAAAGAAAAGGUCACAGGAGAUGUUACAGUCAGAGCCUCUUUGGUUCUGAUGUUGAAUAAGUGCAACAUGACUAAAAGCACAAAUUAUAAGCAAAUGUAUUUGCAAAGUAAUAUAAUUACAUGUCAGAAAUGUGCAGUAUCGGUGUGUGAACCUUAAAUCAAGACCAAUCUAUUGAUAUUUGUAACUACUUGGAAAAUAAAGAUGUUGAGAUUA